AUGGCAUCUAACGAAGACUCCGAGAAAUACAACCUCCAAAACACCAUCACAAACGCCACCACCCCAUCCCCUCCUUCAGAACCGACGCCAGGCGCCCAGUCCUCUCACCUCGACUAUGCCAACUCAGCAGGCCUCACGCACACAAUCACCGCAGAGAGCCGCCUCCCUGCAUUUGGAGGAGCCUUCCAGCCAGGCCUCUACCGCCAGCAGAAGAAGGCAGCCAACCCUGCACCUCUCGGCCUGUGUGCCUUUGGCCUCACAGCUUUCCUCUUGGGAUGCAUCGAGAUGAGGGCGCGGGACAUCACCCAACCUAGCAUCCUCGUUGCACCUGCAUUUGCAUAUGGGGGGUUGGUCCAGCUCCUAGCUGGCAUGUGGGAAAUGGCUGUAGGGAAUUCGUUCGGAGCGACUGUUCUCUCGUCGUACGGUGGAUUCUGGAUCUCAAUCGGAAUCAUCUUCACACCGGGCGGUUUCGAAAUCAUGGAAAGUCUCAUGGAGGAGAGCGGUGGGAAACCUGAUAUGUUCUAUGACUCUUUGGGGUUAUUUUUGCUGGCCUGGUUCAUCUUCACCAUCGUAAUGACCCUGUGCACCCUCAAAUCAACCCUCGCGUUCUUCACCCUAUUCCUCUUCGCCGAUAUUGCGCUCCUCCUGCUCGGACUUGGAUACCUCCUCCGAGACCCCCAGGGUAUGCCCAACAGCCCGCUGUGCAAAUCUGGGGGAUUCUUUGGAAUCAUGUGUGGCUUUCUUUGCUGGUAUAAUGCGUUUGCGGGGCUGGCAGAUCCGAGCAAUACUUGUUUCAUUCCUCCGGUGGUGCAUUUCCCUUGGUCGGAGCAGGGGCGCAGGUCUCGUCGUGCUGCUGGGGAUCUGGAGUCGGCUUGA